AUGGAGUAUGAAAUGAUCCAUUAUGGUUUGAAGCCAAGUUACAUCGAUCAAACAAACCCUUAUUCUGUACAAGAUAAAGUUUCCAAUGACAUCGAAAGAUUUCUCCAACUGGAGACAGAUUUUAUGGACCUCGAUUUCAUUGACGAAGACGCUGUUUUAGGGCUUGACGAGAAUGAUCAAGAAACUACAUUACUGGCUGCUGCUGCCGGGGAAGAAAUCCUCCACAAUGUAGAAAUUCAAGAAGAUGGUUUGGAGGGCUGCAGCUUAACUGACUUACUACUACUGGGAGCAGAAGCUAUUGAAGCAGAAAACUGGAUUCUUGCUUCAUCAGUGGUGACAAAACUGAAUAAUCUACUUUCUGAUCAAGAAAAUGGAGACAACCCUAUUGGAAGAUUGGCUUUAUAUUUCACCGAAGGCCUUAUUUACAGGAGUCUUGAUUUUCCUGAGUUGCUGGAGGAUACAUUUGGUGGAAAAUCUAAUCAUAACACGCUUUCUGCGUUCCAAAUGCUUCAAGAACUCUCUCCUUGUGUGAAAUUUGCACAUUUCACAGCGAAUCAGGCUAUUCUGGAGGCGACACGGGGCCAUAAGGAAGUUCAUGUUAUAGACUUUGAUAUCAUGGAGGGAAUUCAGUGGCCUUCUUUGAUGGUUGAUCUUGCAGGUACAGAAGAUGCUUCCCUUAGAAUCACAGCAAUAUUUACUGACCAUACAAAUAUAGGUAAUAUUCAACAGACGAGAUUGAGAUUGCAGGAUUUCGCGAAUUCAAUUAAUCUUCCAUUCAAUUUUGAUCAUGUUUUCAUGACGAGAGAGGAAGAUUUUGAACGAAUUAAGGUGGAAAAUAGUACUGUAAUAGCCAACUGUAUGUUGCAUCAGCUCCACAUGCCACAUAGGGACAGUGCAAUGGUCAAGACAUUCUUAAAAGGUAUAAGAAAGCUACGUCCUAAAAUUGUCAUUUUAGUAGAGGAAGAACUUUUCAACUUAGAUAAAGUUCCAUCAAUGUCUUACGUGGAGUUUUUCCGUGAGGCCCUCCACCAUUAUGCAGCUGUUUCUGAUUCGCUUCAGUCUGGUUUCUGUGGAGGUUUCAAAUUAGCCGUAAAAAUCAUAGAGCGCGAAUUCCUUAGGGCAAGGAUUUUAGAUAGUGUGAAGCAGUUUCCUUGCCAAGUUCUUGGUGAGUUUAUUCAGUGGGAGUUAUUGGGUGCAAAACGAGCAGUGCAGAUUGGCGCUGUGCUGGAAAUCAAGGCCUUUGACCACAGCUUCCAUUUGGGUUCCUAA